AUGUACAAACCAGUAUCAACAUCAAGUUUCCACCCCGGCACCGUUGGAUACUUCGAUAAGCUUGGCAACUGGAAUCCUAUCGCUGAUCUCUCAGCCAUUGACGCCCGUUGGCCAGAGACGUUCACACCACCUCCUUCGGACAAACUCGUUGUGGCACCAGUCGAGACUCAGACUUGGGGACCUAAGACUGGCAAGGAGACAAAAUCUCGUUCGAUUGAAUUUCGUGAGAGUGUCUCUCUUACUGCUUUCACGGGAGUUCCACUGGAAGCAGGAUCAUGCUUCCGCAUCGAAUCAAGCGAAUCGGAAGGGGCUGCUCUGUUGGUUGACGGAGUGGCUACACACCAUCGGUAUCACUAUGAAGCGCCGUUUAAAGAGUGGAUUAAAGAGAAUGCAAAGUCCAUUCUUAAGGAGAGGCCGGAAGUCAAAGACCACGAUCUUUGGGUCGUCACGAGCACUUGGUCUGCUGCAGAAGCAUCUAUCAACUGCUGGAGUGGCACGAACAAAAGCGUAGACAUUGGAAUCAAUGCCAAAGUUGCCGAGAUCGGCGAGGUGGCUCCUAAUGUUGGCUGGCACCAUGCUGGUGAAUCUGAGGGAUGGAUACGAGUCAAAGGAGACGAGAAGGAUGGACAGAAAGUAGUGUUUUUCGGAGGUCUACGAUUUAAGUGGUAUUUUCUUCUGGGUAUGAGAUUCACGAGAAGUGCAAAGAAGGAGUCACCUUUUCUUGUCAAAUUCGUACCUAAUGAGCCUGAUGAUGAAGAUUACAAUGCGAAGAACGAGGUUGCACUCAUCUGCGAAGAAGAGCUUGAGAGCGAGGCACUACGACAAACACCAGCUUCACUAUCCCAGGAAAACAAGGAGGAGAAGGAUGAUAAUAAGCCUAAGUCUAAGCCUAAGGGUAAGGGUAAGAAUAUGGGUAAGGGUAAGGUCUAA